AUGGACGUGGACGUGGACGUGGACAUGGACGUGGACGUGGACGUGGACAUGGACGUGGACGUGGACGUGGACGUGGACAUGGACGUGGACGUGGACGUGGACGUGGACGUGGACGUGGACGUGGACGUGGACAUGGACGUGGACGUGGACGUGGACAUGGACGUGGACGUGGACGUGGACGUGGACGUGGACAUGGACGUGGACGUGGACGUGGACGUGGACGUGGACAUGGACGUGGACGUGGACGUGGACGUGGACGUGGACGUGGACGUGGACGUGGACGUGGACGUGGACGUGGACAUGGACGUGGACGUGGACGUGGACGUGGACGUGGACAUGGACGUGGACGUGGACGUGGACGUGGACGUGGACGUGGACGUGGACAUGGACGUGGACGUGGACGUGGACGUGGACGUGGACGUGGACGUGGACGUGGACGUGGACGUGGAUUGGACAUGGACGUGGACGUGGACGUGGACAUGGACGGACGUGGACGUGGACGUGGACAUGGAACGUGGACGUGGACGUGGACGUGGACGUGGACGUGGACGUGGACGUGGACGUGGACGUGGACGUGGACGUGGACAUGGACGUGGACGUGGACGUGGACGUGGACGUGGACGUGGACGUGGACGUGGACGUGGACGUGGACGGUUGUGGACGGUGGACGUGGACGUGGACGUGGACGUGGACGUGGACGUGGACGUGGACGUGGACGUGGACGUGGACGUGGACGUGGACUUGGACGUGGACAUGGACGUGGACGUGGACGUGGACGUGGACAUGGACGUGGACGUGGACGUGGACGUGGACGUGGACGUGGACGUGGACGUGGACGUGGACGUGGACGUGGACGUGGACAUGGACGUGGACGUGGACGUGGACGUGGACGUGGACUUGGACGUGGACAUGGACGUGGACGUGGACGUGGACGUGGACUGGACGUGGACGUGGACGUGGACUUGGACGUGGACGUGGACGUGGACGUGGACGUGGACGUGGACAUGGACGUGGACGUGGACGUGGACGUGGACGUGGACAUGGUCGUGA